AGCAGCUCGUUCGGUGUAUUGCCGCUCUCGCCCAGCGUGGCAAGACCAGGAAGUUUUUUAACUGUCACUGGUUGCUUCCCGGCUUUCUCUCUCUUUACAGAAUGCUUGAAAGCGGCGCGGGAAAAGCCCGCCUCUCCUCGGGAUGGCAAACGUCGGUUGCGCUGUGACGUACGCAUGCAAAGCGCGAAGGAGGCAAGGGUCGAUUAGACGGCGUCGAUCGCGCCUUCGCCGAGGAAGGUGGCGAAGCCUCGCUAUCCGGCUCCUCCCCCGCGCAGUCGAGUCCGGUUUCCUCGUCAGUGUGCCUGGCCUGGCACGAUUGCUCUCGGCUGGGGCUCGAUCUAUCUCCGGCGCCCGGAGACUCGAGCCAUGACGAAAGUGCAGCUCUCGUCAAUUUUACUGGCUGUUCUGUGCCUCGGCGUCGAAGGCAGCAAGGACUACAACAUUGGUCUCUGCAGCAAGACCUUCUUCAGCUGCCAGUGCGGCACACCUGGUUACACGCUGCACGUAACCGUCAAACAGUGCACCUACGUUCACCGGUGGCAAUUCAAGUGCCGGCCGUGCAGCAAUCGCAAGCCCGAGGAAGUGUGCCCCAUGCUCAAGAACUGCAAGGAGUGCAAUGACGACGCCAAGAGCUGCGCCACGUGUCCUCCCGGCCGCUACGGCCAAUGGUGCGAGGAACGCUGCCAGUGCCAGAACGGUGGAACCUGUGACUCUAAUACAGGAGCCUGCACCUGCCCGCCCUCCUUCAUCGGCACCCACUGCGAGCAGUUUUCAGGAUGCAUGCCGCCUCAGAUAGGCGCCAACGAGCAGGUGACUCUGGACCACCCCGAGACGCCGACGGUGUCCUACUUCGCCUGCGAGCGCGGCUUUUACCUUAUGGGCGCCACCACCGCCACCUGCCUGGGGAACGGAGUGUGGAGUGAACCGAGCCCUAAAUGCGAACGGCUAUCCUUCUGUCCUGACCUGGGCCGCGUGGUUAACGGCCGCCUCAAGGAGCGGCGCAUUUCCUUCCUGGCGGGCGGUGACAAUGCUUACGCCAACGGCAGUUCUGUCGAGGUGGUGUGCGACGAUCGUUACGACCUGGUCGGGGAGUCCGUGCUCGAGUGCAGAGACGACGGGACGUGGUCGGCCAGCAUUCCCACCUGCGUCAAAGUCUCCGAGAACCAUGUCAACUGCGAGACCAAAGCACUGGACAUUGUUUCAUCGUACACCUCACCAGUCAGGGUAUACUGUCCACCGGGGUGUGCGCAGAGCGGCACGGUGAUCGGCAGCGUUGUCUACCACCAGCUGUCGGCGCUUUGCCGGGCGGCUGUGCACGCGGGCCGGCUCAACAACGCCGGCGGAACGGUGGCACUGGUGUCCAGCGGUAACUUCGCCGACUUCGGUGCCUCCCUAGCCAAUGGUGUCAACAGCGUCAGGUCGCAAGAACCAGCUCCCGGUUUCACUUUUGUCGAAGACAGAACAUCUAAAGUUGAAAAAGGUUGCCGGCAAGGUUGGAAACCUGUGGGUGACUCUUGCAUUCUUGCCACCCGUCACAAGCUCAGCUAUUCCCGGGCCAAACACUACUGCAUAAACUCCGGGUCCAGGCUGCUGCAGUUUCGUGAGGACGGGUUUCCUGAUUCCUUGCUCACUUUCCUCAAGGCUUCCAAUGUCGGCCUAUCCUGGGUGCAGGACAUCCCGGACGAGGACCACGAUCAGAGACUCACCGAGCAGCGCCACAGGCGUCGGUCGGGAGGAGACAGCGGCGAGUGUUUCGUAGUCGAUCCGGCAUCUGAUAUGCGAGCGAAUGCCGUGCGCUGGAAUCCCUGCGAGGGGACGCACGGUGUCGUCUGCGAGAUGGACAUGGGUCAGUUUCAGGCAUUUUGCGACGACCCUGGACCUCUGGAGAACGGCACUGCUGAGGUGAUGAACCAAGUAGUCGCCGGAAGAAUGGUCGAGGGGACGCAGAUUGCGUACCGCUGCUACGAGCUGCACUACCUGGUUGGUGAGCGCCUCAUCACCUGCCUCCGGAACAGGACGUGGACAGCAGCGAAGCCACGCUGCAUGAAACUGACAACGUGUCUGGAGCCACCGGUGCCUCCAUAUGGUGAAGUGGAAUACGUUUACGAAGGUGGCAGUGGACUCAAGACGGGUCGACAAAGACUUCGGCUCUCGCUGGUGACGCUGGACCAAUCUUCAGCGGCGCAACUUCCCAAGGGUCACUACCGAGUGGGCACCCGCGCCACUUUCUCGUGCGUGAACCAAUUCUACUCGCUGGUGGGAUCCGGGGUGCGUCGGUGCCUGCCUGACGGAACCUGGACUGGGAGGACCGCCACCUGCAUACCAGUGUGCGGCCGCUCGGAUUCUCCGCGGUCUCCGUUCAUCUACCACGGCAACGUGAGCGAGGCCGGCCAGUGGCCGUGGCAAGUGGGCCUUUCCAUGUGGUCCGCGGGGGAGAAGGCCUGGGACCUGCAGUGCGGCGGUACUCUGCUCUCCGAGAGCUGGGUGGUCACGGCGGCGCACUGCGUCGCCAGGGACCGGCGCGGGAAUUUGCACGCGCCGAAGGACUUGCGCCUCUACAUGGGGAAGUACCACCGAGACGACGCGCUCGACGACGCCUUCGUGCAAGUGCGCACUCCUCAGGAGAUCCACGUGCACGAUGACUACGAUCCCGUAAAAUAUGACUCCGACAUCGCGAUGGUGCUGCUCGAUAGGCCGGUGGAACUUAGCAGUCGGGUGCAGCCCAUAUGUCUGCCCAGCGAGAGGACUUCGCAGUCAAACAUCGUUGACGGCCGACUCGGCGUGGCGACCGGAUGGGGCCAGACCGAGAACAGGAGCUACGCGGACGUCCUGCGACAGGCCGUGAUCCCCGUGGUGUCAGCGCAGGAGUGCGAGCGCGCCUACCGCGAGGGCCGCUUUCCCCUGACGGUCACCUCGAACAUGUUCUGCGGUGGCUACGUCAAGGGGCGGGUGGACGCCUGCACGGGCGACAGCGGCGGCCCGUUCGCCUUCGUCGACGAGUCCGUGGCCGACCGACGGGUGUGGGUGCUGGAAGGGAUCGUCAGCUGGGGAGGGCCCCGAGGAUGCGGAGCGCCGAACCACUUCGGCGGGUACACCAAGGUCGCAGCGUUCAUCGAAUGGAUACGCCAGUUCCUGUAACGCGUCUGCGUCAGUCGCGCGAGCGGCAAACUGUCGCAGAUCGACAGAGAACGUCGUUCACAGAAAAGACCACAGCAUGCUUGGCACGUCUCCUGACGGGCAGCAGACCGCAUUGCUCACUAGACCCUGUGUUUGGACUUUCUUGGAAUAUUCACAGCUAGCGGCAUAUACCGGCAGAACUUAAAUUCAAGGGAUAUUUUUCGCCUGGUAGCUUCUUUUUUCUUUUUUCUUUCAGAUGGAUUCAAUAUAUAUUUUGCGGGAUGAUCACACAGAAGCGCACUCUGGACACACCACUGCAAACCGCUGUGGCUCAAGGGAUACGGCAUAGUAUCUCUGAGCACCAACUGGCGCGAGCUUGAUAGACGGUAGUUGGGAUGAGCCCAUUCCGAGAUCGGUGCUCAAAGGGCAGAACUUCUCGCGUACUUAAAUUUACAUGCGUUUGGAGAACCACAGGGUGUCGAAAAUCAAAUCCAAAGCGUCUUGCUAUGCAACUUCUCGUUUAGACCAAAUUGUUGCUUUGAGUCGUUAAAAUCCAUCAAUCAUAGUUGCUUAAUGCAUCAGAAGGGUGGAUCCCGAGGAGAAAGACCCCAAUCCACAGAGAAAUCGCCAUCGUGUGUCGUCACCCCUACGCCGAUUCAUUUGCACGAAGCGGUCCUGCUUUGCUUUCUGUUUGCAGCAGAAUUUAGUAAGUUAGUAAGAAUGAUUACAGAAGUGAUGUGCGCAGCAUUCUCAACGUGGACGCCAAAGCUGUCCCAUUCGCUAUGGUCCAACGUGCGAUAAAAGUGACACGGUGACUGUAAGAGUAGCCGUCUACAAGAGUGGAGAAAACUACAGUGCCCGGCCUCAUGAUUAGCACCUGAAUAGAGCACGACAUUAACCCUUGAGUGACGAUUGUUGCCUAGCAACACACCAGAAAAAAUAUUCCUUACUAACUUUCAGUAUUGAGUAAGAAAUUUCUGGCUAAAUGUUUUCGGCCAAUACUGAAUGACAGGCAGCAAGCGUCAUUUGUUAGUUUGCAGCAGGAACAUUGGACGAGGAAGAAGUGUGGCACGUAACUCACUGUCUUUUGAAAGGAAGGUCAGAGGAGACAGGCCGAUGCAAGAUGUCCAGCUACAGUGGUGUCACACAUGUAAUGUAAAGCAAAUGAAAUGUACCCCUAUGGUUCGCAUAUGAUGAAAGCCUCGGCUGAAGCCCACUUCAAGUUUCUUGCCUGGGGCUUUCCCCCUAUUGCUGGCAAAAUAUCAUUUUUUUUGUUCGUUAUGAUUACUCUUGAUGUGUUUUGCACAUUUAGAUAGAAAAUAUACGUUUUUCUGCUUAUUUGUGAGCCUCGUCCUGAAAGGGGUAAUACAUAUACUGUCAUUAAUAACGUCCAGUUCGAACAUGCGUUGUUUCUAGUCAAAGUAUACCACGGGAAGUUUUAUGAUGAGUUGUCGAGACUUGUCUGCAUUGCUGUGCGAGGUGCCCUAAUAUUAGGAUGACAUCUUCAGCUGUUCUGAACGCUGUAUAUUGAGAACAGUCGCAUGGAUUAAUGAACGGUUCAUUUGAAGUUGAUUUUAAGGUAUGUUUUCUUAAUGCGUAAGGACACGUUCGCGCCGGCGCAUGUUCGGUUUGAGAUAAUUCCCGUUUUGUUUGAGAAGCAGUCCGUUUUUGACAAGCGUUCUUUGGACUAUAUGUGUUUUCGUUAAUUACCUAUUAGUUUCUUUCCACUUUAGUAACCUUGCUGUAAAAAACGUUUUGAAAAACCAACACAUUUUUGCGAAAAUUAAACUGUACCUGCUAUGUGGAAUCUAUGCACAAUAUUCGGCGCGGUCGUCAUUUUUACCAUUUUUGGAAACUUAUUCCUGAUACAAACUUUAUACAAAUAUCAACUCCAUGUUGAUGCACACGUGUGCAGCUUUUUUUGUUUUCGGCUGAGGCAAUCAGUGCACAUCUCGAAUGGUGCAUAAAAUUAUACGCGUGGAGGCUUUAGGAGAGGUCAAGAAAUGAAUUUGAAACAGAACAGCGCGGUUCUGAUUCAAAUAUGGCUUACCAACUCGCACAAGCGUCAGUUUUAACAAUGAAUGAAGUUCUCACGCGAAUUAGUUCAUUCUGUUCAGUACAAGUUCACGUUGAAAGGAGAUGGGGUAGGAAUUCUGAGCUCAAAUUGAAAUCUAAACCGAGGAGCUCAGAAAAAGAAAGCUUAGGAGAGAGUACGUCGUGGAGCACUGAGCCUUUAUUCGUGAGGUAACCACUUCUCGCACCAUUCUCUCCCGGCUUAGCAAAUCGCUGGAAACACGCACACCAGACGUAGCUUGGUUCGUAGUAGAUUUGAUUGCCGCUGGCCGCCGUAGUUGCCGCUGUUUUUUUUCCAGUCCGUGCAUUUCGCUUUGCGCUCGCCGCAUUUGAUACCUUUCGUUCUCGUGCUCGAUAACUAGAAACGAAGGGCUUCCACGUAGUGUUCGGGCAGGCGUGUGGCCUUGGUGGAGUAGAUGGCUCUCGCCUUCAGCCAACAUGUCCAGAACACUGCAGCAUUGUAGGUACUAUGAGCGAAGUAGACAAACUAUGAGCAGCAACAUGCGAGAAAUGAGAUCGAUUUCGAUUUAUUCUAUAUCGUCGAGCGCAGCGCAAGUGUUCAUGACUGAAACAACGAUGCGAAAAGAAAAAUGUCUGGAUGCUCGAAGCAUAAAAAGUGCGAUUAUCUAGGGUACCCGCGUGAAUUUCGUUUCAUACCUUUGCAGGAGUGACGUCUUCAACUGCCGUUUCAACUCUUAUAAACUGCAUGUUUCACACUGCUAUAACUGCCAUGUGCUGUUUUUGCACUGCCAGGUGAGCAAUUAACAUAACCAUAAGGAGGACUAUACCGCAGUCGUAUGCGUAUAUACUGCGUAGCUGAAGACAGUUAUUUGUGUUUUCAUGAAAUGUUGCUCAAGUGCCUAUAAUAUACUUCAUUUUGCGGCAUGUAGAUAGGUAAAGCGCAGCCGUGUCUUGUCACCAGCGCUAUUGUUGUUGUUGGAGCCUGUGAUGCGUCCCACCAUGGGGGAUUGGCCAAGAGAUGGGUGGAUUAUUCCAAAUUAAUAUGGAGCAUAAUUUCUGUAUUGAAGUAGUCAAGCGCAGUCGCAUCUUGCCACCAACGCUAUUCUGUAUUGAAGUAGUCGGCUUGCUCCAGCGAGAAGCAAAGCGAUUUUCAUUUUAAAGCGUAAGCAACGAUAUGCGCAGAUACUAGUACCUGUGUUGCAAGUAACGUCUUUGAAGUUUCGUUCUACCCCAUGUUGCUAUUAUGCGAUCAGCCUUUGGCAAAUCCGUACGUUGGGGUGAGCCUUGGUCGCUGGACAGCUAUAGUCACAUUGGCACUCUACAGCCUGCUGCCGCCAUUGAUCAUGAUCACCUGAUCACCUCACUUCGAUGCCGUUGGUUAGAUCUUUCGCUACGAGCACGAUAAACAAUAUACUGCCACUUAUUAGUGCGCGAAGUGCGACGAAUGGACGUCGUGGUUUGUAAGAAUUCAAUAAAUUUUGCGACACUGCUUUGAAACGAUUUGUCGCUGCGUUACUCGCCAACACUUGUGAAAACUGCAUUGAAUAUUCGUCCCCUAUCGAGGUUAGAGCAUUCACGAUUUUCUUCGACCACUCGUCUUCUACCGACG